AUGUUGUGCAUAAGACAACUGGCGCAUAUCAAAGCUCCUAUACUAAGUAAAUGUGUCGGAAUUCUGAAACUGGCUCUGCGAUUUUCUUCGAUAGACACAAAUCAAUCAGCUAAGAACCAAAUUAACUUGAAUGAACUUGAUAGUAAGUGGGCUGAACGGUGGAAAAGCAUUUCGCCUUAUGGGUCAUUACAUCCAAGUAAGCAUAUAGUAGAUAAACUGGCCGAGCCAUUUUACUGCUUGUCCAUGUUUCCUUAUCCUUCUGGUAUGCUUCAUAUGGGGCAUCUUAGGGUUUACACUAUAAGUGAUGUCAUUGCUAGAUUUAAGAGACUCAAAGGGUAUAAUGUUAUUCAUCCUAUGGGAUGGGAUGCAUUUGGACUACCAGCAGAGAAUGCAGCUGUCGAAAGAGGAAUAAAUCCAGCUGUGUGGACUGAAAGCAAUAUCCAAAAGAUGAAAGAACAGAUGGGUUUAAUGUUGGCAGAUUUCGAUUGGGAUAGAGAGAUUUCUACAUGUUCCCCUGAAUAUUAUAAAUGGACACAGAAGAUCUUUUUGCUUUUAUUUGAACAUGGUUUAGCAUAUAGAAACGAAGCUGAAAUAAAUUGGGAUCCAGUAGACCAAACUGUUUUAGCUAAUGAACAAGUUGAUUCGGAAGGUAGAUCAUGGAGAUCUGGGGCAUUAGUCGAAAAAAAGAAUCUCGAACAAUGGUUCAUUGGCAUAACCAAAUAUGCAAAAGAUUUAAAUGAAGAUUUAAAGGUUUUAGAUAAGUGGCCCGAUAAAGUUAAAUCGAUGCAAAGCCAUUGGAUUGGUGAAUCACAAGGGGCUGAGAUUAAGUUUUUGACAAAUGACAAUGAAUUUAGUGAGAUAAGAAUCUUCACUACUAGACCUGAUACAUUAUUUAGUGCCCAAUUUAUUGCUUUGGCAUUGAACCACCCAUUGGUCGAGAAAUUUGCUGCGAAGGACCCUAAGUUAGCUCAGUUCAUAAAAAGCUGUGAGAACUCUGAAGCUGAUUCUAAGGAGGGUUAUUUAAUCGAAGGUGUGAAAGCUUCGAUCCCGAUUACGGUAAAUAAUGAAAAGAAUCAUAGAUACGAUAUGCGUGUAUAUGCUGCUCCUUAUGUUUUAGGAACAUACGGUCAUGGGGCAGUUAUGGGAUGUCCAGGACAUGAUGAACGUGAUUUUGAAUUCUGGAGAAUUCAUAAUCCAAAAAUUUCUCCAGUAGAAGUGGUUGGAAGUCCUAAACCAAGUAAGAAUAAAAGCAACGCACUUUAUACCAAUAAACGGGGUGUUUUAUAUGACAAGUCCAUUUUACCAAAUGGAUUAGAGAAUUUAGGAGAAUACAAUAAGAAAACUACAAGCGAGGCUUCCCAUAAUAUAGUUAAAACGUUAGAAGGAUACAAUUUAGGUUCGAAGUCAACCCAAUAUAGGAUCAGGGAUUGGCUCAUUAGUAGACAAAGAUACUGGGGAGCACCAAUUCCUAUUAUCCAUUGUGACAGUUGUGGACCUGUUGCUGUCCCAGAUAAAGAUCUACCAGUAGUGUUGCCUGAAAUUGAAGGGCAAAGUUUUGGAAAAGGUAACCCGCUAGCAAAGCUUGAUGAUUUUGUAAAUACGAAAUGUCCUUCUUGCGGAAGCGAUGCGAAAAGAGAUACUGACACAAUGGAUACAUUUAUGGAUUCAUCAUGGUAUUUCUUUCGUUAUACUGAUCCCAAAAAUACCGAAUUACCAUUUGACCAUGAGAUGGCCAGUAAGCAUAUGCCAAUAGAUAUGUAUAUUGGAGGUGUUGAGCAUGCAAUUUUGCAUUUAUUGUACUCCAGAUUUAUUUCUAAAUUUUUGGGUAAUAUUGGUUUAUGGGACGGCAAAGAGCAUAGGCACGAACCAAUUAAACAAUUGGUCACACAAGGCAUGGUUCACGGCAAGACAUAUAGGGACCCAGAAAAUGACAGAGUUUUGAAACCCGAAGAAGUAGACUUGUCAAAUGUAAAUGAACCUAAAAUAAUCAGCUCAGGCUCGAUUCCAAACGUUUCUUAUGAAAAAAUGUCUAAAUCUAAAUACAAUGGUGCUGACCCUUCUGAAUGUAUACAAAAGUACGGUGCUGAUGCAACAAGAGCACAUAUGUUGUUUCAAGCGCCAAUAUCAGAUAUAUUAAAUUGGAAUGAAGAACAGAUUCAAGGAAUCGAUCGUUGGCUUCGGAGGGUAGUGAAUUUGAAUGAUUUAAUUGUUGACUCAAUAAAAAAUGACAAUGGAAGAAAUAAUCAUACAUGUACUGAAUUCCAACACAUUCAAUUAAAUGAUACUACUUACGAAACUAUCAAAUUUAAUGAGACAGAAUUUGAGUUAUAUAAUGAUUCCCAGCAUUAUGUUGCAAGCGUUUCCAAAGCUAUAGAAAAAGACUUUUCAUUUAAUACAAUAAUAUCGGAUUUUAUGAAAUUUACCAACUCAAUAUAUGCGGCAUUAAAGUCAAAUGACUACGUGAAUUCUAAUUUAUUGCUUGAUUCGUAUAAGAGGUUGCUCAUAAUUAUGGCACCAGUAACUCCCUGUGUUUCAGAGGAAUGCUGGGAACAGAUAUCGAGGUCAUUGCAAACUCCCUGGUCAUCUAUAUUUUUCCAAAAAUAUCCUAUGGUAAAUUAUAUCGAGUCUUCACAUGCUUCAUAUAAUGUAUUCGUAAAUGGAAAAGCAAGGGCACUGUUCAAAGGACCAAAAUCCUUAGUUACCAUGAAUGAGCAUGAAAUAUUACAAGAGGCAUUAAAGCAUGGUUCAAUCAGCCAAUAUGUUCCUGGUGGAAUUAUUAAAAAAAUGAUUGUUAAGCCUGGCAUGAUAAGCUUGCUUACACCAAAAAGAUAG